AUGGGUGAAGGAGACAACCGUGGAGGCUCGUCCUCAUACAACAAGCUGAUUUUCACCGUUGUGCCUUUGCUUAUCGUUGCUAUUCCUAUGCCAGCAUUUGGCAUGUUCAAUUGGAUCUCGGCUUUCAGAAAACUGCCAGAUCAGUUCGUCUUGAACCAUCAGACACUAGACAACUACCUCUUCAUCCGCUACUUCCGCAUGCUCACCUAUAUCUGUCUCGUGGGUACCAUUAUCACCUGGGUCGUCCUGCUCCGGGUCAACUACACUGGUGGCGGUGGUCAAUCUGAGCUCGACACGUUCACCUUUAGCAAUGUCUCGGAUCCUAACAAGCUCUAUUGGCAUGCCGUGUGCGCAUGGCUCUUCCUCGGAUUUGUCAUGUUUGUCAUUACCAAGGAGACUCUUUACUACAUCAACCUCCGUCAAGCAUACCUCACAACUCCCCGUAACGCCACUCGCGUGUCCACUCGUGUAGUGCUGUUCACAGGUGUCCCAGAAGACAUGCGUCACGAGAAGUGGAUCAAGGCAGAUUUCUACGGUGUCAAGCGUGUGUGGUUGGCUACAGAUUGUACUGAGCUCGAGAAGCUGGUCAACAACAUGAACGACACUGCCAUUACGCUUGAGGAAUCGGAGAUCAAGCUAUCUACCAUCGCCACGAAAAAGCAUUUGAAAGGAGAGAAACAUUUCGCAGAUGACCCUGAAAGAGCAGGUACUGUCACACAGCAAUGGAUCGCCCCCAAGGAAAGGCCCUCGAAGCGCAUCGCAAUGGUCGGCAGAAGACUGGAUGCUAUUGAGAUGUACCGCGAGCAGCUGAAGGCAGCCAUUCCCAAGGUCGAAGCUCUCCAAAAACGACAUGUACAAGGUUAUGAGAAACUUCUUCCUGCAGCCUUUGUCGAGUUUGAAACUCAGCGUGCCGCACAGCUUGCCUACUCAGAUCCCUUCUGGAAGCAGCCAGGAAAGAUGGAAGCAGCGACAAUUGGCAUCGCUAGCCCUGAUGAAAUCGUUUGGCCAAACUUGGCAAUCAGCAAGCCUGAGCGUUGGGCACGUACAAUUAUUGCGAACACCAUCGUCAUACUAUUGAUUGUCUUCUGGUCCGUCCCUGUUGGUCUAGUUGGCUCGCUUGCCGAUAUCGACAAUCUUGCUCAAAAUUUCCCUCCUCUUGGUUUUGUCAACAAGCUUCCAGCCUCGACCAAAGGUGCCAUUAGUGGUUUGCUUCCCACUCUCCUGAUCUCUGCGAUUUUAGCCCUUGCUGGAUCCAUCACGCUUGCGCAGAUUGAGCUGCGCACACAAGGCUGGUACUUUGCCUUCCAGGUUGUGCAGGUCUUCCUUAUCACUACUUUCAGUUCGGGUGCCUCGACANAACAAAUCUGGAACGACCCUGGUCAAGCACCUAAACUUCUUGCUGACAACCUGCCAACUGCUAGCACAUUUUACCUAUCUUUCUUCAUCCUGCAGGGUAUCGCCGUCACUGCUUCGACAAUCUUCCAGAUAGUGCCGUUCCUUAUGUUCAAUGUUCUGUCACCCUUCCUGGACACAACACCCCGAAGAAAGUUCGAACGAUUCAUCACGCUCACUGGACUCAGCUGGGGAGAUACCUAUCCCAAGUUCACUCUCUUCGCCGUCAUAGCGAUUUCUUACUCUUGCAUCGCUCCGCUGGUCCUUGGAUUUGCCCUGCUCGGCAUCUACUUCCUGUACCUGGCCUUCCGUUACAACGUCUUCUACGUUCUGACUAUGGCUGUCGAUACCAAGGGCGAUGCCUACGGUCGUGCUCUGCAACAUCUUAGUGUUGGUAUCUACCUCGCAGAGAUCUGCUUGAUUGGCCUUAUGGGUGCGCGUCAAGCAGAUGGUCCAGCCAAACUGAUGGUGCUUCUUCUUGUCCUUACCGCUAUCUAUCAGACCUACCUCAACAUGAUUCUGGCUCCUUUGACAAACACGCUGUCAGAUAGACUCAUGGCCGAGAACGAGGAAGAAGCAUUGGCACAAGCUAACGAAGAGGGUGCAACCGUACCGAUCGAUGUCGACGGCCACGGCGUGCAACCCAAACAGACUGAUCCCUACUCUGACAACAAAACCACCAAUGCUUUCGUCGAACACAUCAAGCGAGGCGGCAUCUUCGCACCGUUCCUCUUCAACGGAUCCAAGAGCAAUUAUCCCGCUCUACGUCGCCAACUUUGGGAUGCCUUCCCAGGUCAACCUGCUCCUGCCAUCCCUGAAGAGACUCUGAAGCACGCUUACCACCACCCUGCCAUCACUGCCAAGCCUCCCAAGCUCUGGAUCGUCAAGGACGAGCUUGGUGUCUCUACACAAGAAAUCAAGGAGACUCAAAAGGUCAUUGAAAUUUCUGAUGAGGGUGCUCGCUUCAACGAGAAGGGUAAGAUUGAGUGGGAUGAGGAUGAUGUGAGAAAGGCUCCCAUCUGGAAAGACAGAGUGGAAUACUAG